GCUGCCUACUUCGGGAAAGGACAAUGAAGCUGAGCUGGCGAUUUCAGUCACAAGGUGACAUCUCCAUUUCCAGCUCAGCAAAUAUGUUCCAGUCUUGAGACAUGACAUGCCGAGAGCAGUGCAGCAGCCGGUCUGUGACUGUGAGUGACUGAUCAGUCAGCGAUGCGUACAACGUCCAUCACUGGCAUCAGCAGGUUCGCACCUUUCGUGUAACUUUUGUUCAGUUGACUUGGGUUCGCGAAGCGUUUCUUCAGUCUUGGCUGUAGAGCAAUACGUGCCUGGUAUUGCAUUUGUCUUUAGAAGAGUAGACUGCCUUUCCACGCGAACCUUUCCGAUCAUUCGGUAGCAGAGCGUUGUGAUCCGCAUCCCAUUGCUAAGGUGCACUGCUAAGGUGCAUUGCUGGAGGCUGCAUUGUAGGACAAGACGCCCCUUUGAUCUGACCACUUGAUAACACCGCAGUGUUUUCGAAAAUAAGCUGGUUGUUUUGAAAGAGAGGUGGUCUUGCGCAGGCAGUACUCUUCUUCCUUAGGCGGUCGAUUUCAGUAGAUCUAAGCUUGCGAAAAUGGCGGUGGUCACAUCGGCAGCAACCCCGGACUGGAUGGCUAAGCUCCGAUCCAAGAACAAAGACAAGAAGGAUGACGUGCUGGGAGGUUCCGCCGCCGCCAAGACUGAGUCAGAGGCGCGCGCAAAGCCGACUGCUGCCUGGAUGCAGAAGCGGGACUCGUCGAAAAGCGUGGGUCGAAGCAGCCCCAGCAGUCGGAGAACAUUGUUCGGAGAGCCAGCGUCGAAGCAAAACGGCAGUCCUGUGCUGAGUCGACUCAGUUCGUCCAGCAAGCAACAACCGGUCGAGAAGACUAACCAUCAAGCUUCGACAUUGCCGCGAUCCUUUGGCAGCAGUACGCCGAACGGGAGCACCAAUGCCGCAGGUAGACCCGGAGAGGCUCAGUCGUCGACCCGCGGAACCAGUACCCUAACAAGGGAUGCUGGGAAAGCUGGUGAUGGCGAAGCAAAAAAGACACCGUCAUCUGGGAGCGGCAACAAGUCAUCGGUGUCUGUGCUAAGGAAUCUGUUCAGCCAAAAGACUGCGGACAAGCCAGCUCCAGGAUCGCCUGUACUGUUGAGCGCCCGCCUGCGAGCUGAUGCCACGUCCUCACCCAAACUGUCCAAAACCAGCAAGCCAGAAACCAGUGGUACCAGCAAGGUUGUGGAUGGCAGCAGGUCCAGUGAGUGCUCUACAGCAGCACCUCACACCAAGCCAGAACUCAAGGUUACGGACAGCCUUGACCUACCCAGCUCGAAUGUUCUGCGACUCAGGAGAAUAUCCGAGGAGAGAGACAGGGAUGCGGCCGCGGCACUACAGGCGAAGGCAGCCGGUGCAAAGCGCAAAACCAGCAACGAGGAAAGGCAGACAGAGGUAGGUAAGGUGCAGCGCAAGACCAGCAACGAAGGCAAGCCGCCGUCUCCAUCCACUAAACAAGCUACUAAGCAUGGCAACAACACUCCCCAGCAACCUCCCAAAGUGGUGAUGCAGGUGGAAGGGAGCCCGAACGAGCCUCUAGAGAGCACAAACAUCGAUGACUUCAUUGCCGACAAGGAGAUGCUGCGCACGUUCAGUCUGGAUCCGGCCAAACUACGCAAGCUGAGCGCAGAGGGUGCAUCCAGUGCACCUGCCUCAGCUACGGGCUCUCCAGCAUCUCGCAGGCAACGGCGACACUCGAUUCUCCUGACUCCUGAACGGAAGACGGCCAAGAAGAUGCGACGCCGGGUGUCCUUCAGCGAAGUCAGCCUGGAAGUCGUUCAUCAGUUCCAGCGCGAGGAGCCACAGCCGUCGGACGAUGAGGAUGACGAGGAUACGCGCAACAUGAUAAAACGCGCCAUGGUCAUGGACGACGCCGACGGGCUAGCAACCGAGUUGCAUCCACGACUGUCGCCACUGGGAGCCGGCAGAGCCCCGAAAAAGAACAAGAGUCUUUCGGGGCCGUUUGCAUUCCCUGCUGAUGAAGACGAACCGCCGGAUAUGUACACAGACGUUCCAGACUCUGUCGCUGCUCUGCUCAUGUAAACAUACCAGUAAGAAACCCCUGUUUAUCUAAAGAUCCGUACCUGUUGCAGUUGAAAUUGCCUGUUGAAGCACCACCACAAGUAUCAAUUUUUGAAAGAUAUGAUUUGCGUAUUUCGGAAACUUCAAUGCGUGCUACAGAAUUGCAUCUUUGCUUGAGAAACGUUUUUGCACAUGAUUGCUUUGAAUUAAAAUGUUUCUGCCAAAGCGCAGGACCUUCUUGAAUACUGGAAACGCUGGGCUUCGGCUACUCCGGAUGCGGCACUUUAUGCUGUCUUGCAGCAUUCUUUUGAAACAGCUUAUCAUGAGAGUUGCGUGAGUACUACAAAUUGUGAAAAUACGUUCUUGGCAUCGGAAGUAGAACACGAUUGCCGUGUGGCUUACUGUGUGUCAGCAGAACUUUCUGACAAAAUCGAUUUUCUGCCUUCAAUAAUUGUGCGUAGCCACUUUUUAUCUACCCAAUAUGAAUGUAUUCUGUUGUAGUCCGCAACGUUAUGUUGGAUGAUGUCACUUUGUUCAAACAGACGAGAUCUCAAAGUCUAACAUCCAUAAUACCAUGACUUGUAUUUAUUUGAACUCUCCACCAAUACAUUCCAAAUUCUAUUUCAAUCAUAGAGACCCCAUGCAUGUCCUGAGUUGUUUUCAAUGCUUGUUUGUACUCACAUAUCCAGUUGGAACCUGAGAGUAUGGAGUGUGCUUUCACCUGGA